AUGGCCACUGGACAGAAACUUUAUCCUCGGGCCAGUCUCAAGAAGAUUAUUAAAGCCCAUUCCAAGCGCAAUCUCACCAAAAAUGUCGAUGUAUUGAUAUUCCUUGACUAUAUGCUAUUUCUCGAAACGUUAAUGAAAGAAGCCAGUAUCAACGCGAAGCAAGCUGGAGAGCGUGGUAUUAGCGCAAAGAGUAUAAAGAAAGUGACUGAAGUAUGCCCAACUUUCUUGUCAUUUCCAGUAUCCAUAAUAAUCCUCUUUACUAUCUAG